AUGUCGUCGCCCAACGAAUUUCAUGGAUGGGUUGGCCACGAUGAAAGCUCAGCCCAAGGUAAAAUGCGCUGGGAAGCUUUCGCCCCCCGCAAGUUCACCGACGACGAUGUCGAUAUUGAGAUCUCCCAUUGCGGGGUCUGCGCGAGCGACAACCACACCCUACGAGCAGGAUGGGGCCCCACGAUAUACCCUUGCGUCGUCGGACACGAGAUAGUCGGUCGUGCAGUUCGAGUAGGCAAGAACGUCGAACAUAUAAAAGUGGGUGACCGGGUUGGCGUCGGAGCUCAAGCGGACAGCUGCCGCCGGGCUGAUUGUCCAGAUUGUGCUGAUGGCAAUGAGAACCAUUGCGUUGGCAUGAUUAACACGUACGCGAUGAAGUGGCCUGGGACAGAAGAGGUCUCGUACGGAGGAUACGCCGAUUAUCAUCGAGCACGGGGUCAUUUCACAUUCAAGAUACCGGAAGGCUUGGACAGCAUAGAAGCUGCCCCGAUGCUUUGCGCUGGAAUCACAGCGUACUCACCUCUCAAAAGAAAUGGCUGCGGUCCGGGAAAGCGAAUUGGUAUUGUCGGUAUCGGCGGCCUCGGCCACUACGGAAUUAUUUGGGCGAGAGCCCUCGGCGCAACAACUGUCGUUGCCAUAUCUCGUUCGUCUACAAAGAGAGACGAGGCCACCAAACUGGGCGCAACUGGCUUCAUUGCUACAGGUGAAGAUCCGGACUGGGCCACAAAGCAUGCUCGAUCUCUUGACUUGAUUGUCUCUACGGUCUCAUCGCACGACCUGCCACUCUCUGGUUAUCUCUCACUUCUGGCACCAGAUGGUCAGUUUAUUCAGGUUGGUUCGCCCGAGGACGAACUCCCUAGAUUUAGCGCGUUCCAUCUAAUUGGCAAGGGCGCCAAGCUGGGAGGCAGUUGCAUCGGUCCGCCUUGGGAGAUCAAAGAAAUGCUAGAGUUUGCGGCCAAGAACGGGGUAAAAGGAUGGACUGAGGCGAGGCCCAUGAGCGAAGCGAACCAGGUCAUCGUUGACCAGGAAAAUGGAAAAGCAAGAUUUAGAUAUGUUCUUGUCAAUUCGUAG